AUGAACUGUAACCAUGCCACCUUCAUUUCGGUCUCUCUGUCGCCACAAAGUUCCGUGCUUUACCUAAAACGCCCUUCCGCAACCCUCACGCCGAAGCAAACCCUUUUGCCCAGGAACGUGAGGCUCGGAGUCACAGUCAGAGCCAGAGCUUCAAAGGGAGAUGGUAAUGCUCAGGCAGCAAAUUGGUCCCGGUGGGUUCCCGCAGGGUCUUUCGCCGCGGAUAAAGUUUUCAGGUUAAUCGCCGGCGCCACCGCCAGUCCCAUUGGCCAGUUUGUUGCGUUCCCCACCACGUUCCUUCACUCUGUCGACCCUCGAGUCAAAUUGGUAUGGCUUUUAGCUCUGGUUGUUCUACCUGCAAGGUCACACGUAAUUAUGCGAUUUGGAUUAGUGGUAUACCUGACUUUGCUUUCAAUGUGGAUUCUACCAAGAAAUGCUUGGACGGAUCAACUGGGAAGAGUUUAUUUGCUAUCGGGAUUAUUAUUCAUAACAUUAGGGCUGGGUUCAGAUGGUGUACCCGCACUUGUUCAGUUGAGAACACCACCACCUGCAAUGAUGGGGCUUCCUAAUAUUCCUGUAUCUUUAACAGGUUACGCAUAUACAAUCAUAAAGUUAGGUCCAUUAACCUUUACCAGGAAAGGCCUCUCUGUAGCAAGCACUGUUGCAUGUUUGACUUUUACUGUAUUUCAAAGUGCAAGUCUCUGCCUCACAACUACAACCCCCGAACAACUAGCAUUUGCAUUGCGAUCGUUUAUACUCCCUCUGAAAUACAUAGGUGUUUCUGUGUCAGAAAUUGUGCUUACACUUUUAUUGUCAUUGAGGUUCAUCAGUCUCGUUUUUGAUGAGGUCCGAAACAUUGCUUUGGGGAUUGUAUCCCGUAGAAUAAAUUGGAAGCAGCUGACUGUUAUGGAGACCAUAGAUAUUUUUUUUAACUACUUCCGGCGCAUCUUCACAAAUAUUUUCAGCCAUGCAGAGCAAAUUUCUCAGGUUUAUCUUAAACUUAAUUAG